GAAGUGAUAGUGAAGAAAUCGUCUAGACCUAACGCACAUAGUGUUUUGCUGACACAGUAUCAAGAUGUCAAUGACAAUGACCAGGACGGAAGAGGUGACCGUUGUUACGAUGACCAGCAACAACCCCAAAAGUACAUGGCCUUUGCUGUGUCAGAUACUGGGGACACUCUGCUACAGUCCAGCAUGCUCUGUAUCUCACAAGCUCAGAGGGCUUCUUGGAGCAACGCAAUCUGCCCUAGGGACUGCUCAGAUCAUGAUUGGAUUGCUAAACAUCGCCAUUGGAUCAAUAAUGCAUGCACAAUUUUGGUACUAUAGUCCUCUCACCGACACCGGGGCCCCCUUUUGGCUUGGUGCUAUGUUUAUUCUAUUUGGUGUGAUGUGCAUUCUUGCAGAGAAGUGUCCAAGUGCUUGUCUGGUUGUCAUAACUGGGUUGAUGAACUUUGUAAGUGCUGUCUUUGCCUUUACUGCCAUUGUUCUGUAUGCAAUUAAUAUUGCCAGAGAGAGGUUGGAGAUUGCAGAGUAUUACGGAGAUUGUGCACGCUACGAUUACUAUAACAUACGCAGCUCACCAAAAACCCCAUCAGAAUAUUAUGAUAUCUGCAAAACAUAUCGAGCCAAAUCACGGGUCAUAUUGCAAGCAAUGUCCAUCAUAAUGAUCAUCUUUGCAGCUCUACAACUCUGCAUUGCCAUCAGUGCUGGUGUCAUGGCAUUUAAGGCUGUUUGCAAGAGGGAAACAUCUGUGCAGGACCCUGAGCUCAACUCACCUCUUGUCAAUGAAGUCUUGUCUUACCCCACAGUUUAGCAUGACUGUUUCAAGCCACAUUCAUCACUGAAAUGUGAUUCAUCAUGCGUCAUGAAUAUUUUGAUUUUUAGAUCAUCAUUUUAAGAUCAUCUUAUUAAGUACAUAAAGAACUUGAUUAAAAGCCUAGUCACAAAUAUAUGCAGACCUGGUGUGGCCACGCGUUGGACAAAUAAGGGCAGGUUUCAGUUUUUUUGCUCAAUGGUGUUUUAAACCCCCAACGUCUUCUUAAAGGCACCUACUCCUAACGCCUUGAAGACAAUGUUGGGGGCUUAAAAGACCCUAUUGAAGCCCACCAGAUUGCCUGCCUCAGCUAGUUCUAUGCUUAAAUCAGUAGAUGGCACUGCUUAAAACAGACAUUUUCCGCAGGUAGAAAGUGUUCAAGGUUUAAACUUCUGUCAAUAUGGACAUUGUUAGAUCGGUUAGAUUCUCCCCAACUCAAUCAAAAUAGGCUACUGCAUAUUUGUUAAGUACCCUCCAGAAUUAUUGCCACCCUUGGUAAAGAUGACUAAAAAUCUUUUGGUGAUUUAUUGUACUCCCACAAUGAAAACAAUGAGGAAAAAUACACCCUGGAAGGAAAGCAAAUAUAUUCUGAGAAAAAGGAAAA